UGGGAAGGGGGGGUGGGGGGGUUAGAUGAUGGCGGAGCCGCGCCGGGUGCCGUUAAUUAGUCUGUCACCCGUGAGGCGACGAGAAGGCGAGACUCCGGUGCUCGAGCGAGAGCCUGGAGGGGGUCGCGAGGCGGAGCAGCCAUUGGUGUGUGAGGCCCUGAAACUGCCAGAACAGCCGCAGCAACACCACCACCACCUCCACCACGAUAGUGGCCGAGCAGAGCCUCCACCGCAGCCCUUCGAGUCCUGCUCCCGACUGGAGUUACAGUCGGCGGUGUUACCGCGCGAGGUCAGCCGGCCUGAGCAGACGCCGAAGCCGCUGCUGCCACCUCAGCGUGAGCCUCCAAGGCCAGAGCCGCCGCCGCCUCCGUCGAACCAGCCGUUGCAGCUCGAGAGCAACCGGCAAGAGUCGCCGCCGUCGCCCCCGCGUCAGACGGUUCGCCUGGAGUUGGUGCUGAAGGACCCCACCGAGGAGAGCUGUGUGGAGUUCAGCUAUCCCGAGCUGCUGUUGUGUGGCGAGCCCCGGAUAAAAUCUUCUUUUUCUGAAGAUCCAUUUAAUGAUGAAGAGCGUGAGAGGCAUGAAGUGGAAAUGCUGGCUAAGAAAUUGGAAACAAAAUACGGUGGAAAGACCCACAAGCAUCGGAAGGACCGUGUUCAGGAUCUAAUAGACAUAGGCUAUGGUUAUGAUGAAACUGAUCCUUUCAUUGAUAAUUCAGAGGCUUAUGAUGAAUUGGUACCUGCAUCCUUAACUACUAAAUAUGGAGGGUUUUACAUAAACACUGGGACUCUGCAGUUCCGGCAAGCAUCUGAUUCUGAAGAGGAAGACUUAACAGAAAGCAAAAAAAAUAGACCAUCUAAAGUAGUUAAACUGAAAGAUGACGAGGACCAUGGCAUGAAGAAGCGCAAACGGAAAGAGGAAGAGGCAGAGAAGGAGAAAAAACCUCGGAAGAUGAAAGUUUCUCGGCAGUUGGGGGUAAUGGCCUUAAAUUCACACAAAUCUGAAAAGAAAAAGAAAAAGCUGUACAAGGACUCUCUUUCAGUUGCUGCAAUGCUGCGCAAGUUUCAGAAGGAGAAGGAAGCCUUUAAGAAGAAAGAAGUUAACUUGAACCCCACAGUGUCAGUGACCACCUCUACACCUAACAAAGUUCCUGCUGCUCCUGCCACUGGUGGAAAUGAUGUAUCUGACUUGAACCUCAUCAUCACAGAUCCAGUCCUUUCCAUUUUUAGCAGCACAAGUGAGCGUGAGCUCCUACAGGAAGCCGAAAUUGCCGUGGAGAUGCUGGGAGACAUUGACUUGGAUAGGUUACUUGAUGGCACUUCCAAUGGUAGCCCAGUAUCUGAGCCAUCGGAGGAGAAUGGAAAUGUCACUCAGCCCUCCCAUACCUCUGAGGUCUUGACACUGAAACAGGUGCCUGCCCUCCCAGAAGGUCUUCCAGCACACCUAGAGAAGCGCAUUGAAGACCUCAGAACUGCUGCCAAGCUCUUUGGUAAAGAAGGCAGAAAAAAAUUCUUCACACAGGACAUGAAUAAUAUCUUGCUUGAUAUUGAGUUGCAGUUACAGGAAUUGAGUCCUACCAUCCGCAAUGGAGUAUACUCUCACCUCGUGGCUUUUAUGCCGUGCAGUAAGGACACACUGAUAAAGCGUUUGAAGAAACUGCACCUCAAUGUCCAGGAUGACCGUCUGAAGGAACCAUUGCAAAAAUUGAAAUUGGCUGUCAGCUGUGUCAUGCCUGAACAACUAUACAAAUAUCAGGAAGACUGCCAUGCACACAGUCAGGCCAAGAAUGCCAAAAUGCAAGCAGAAGAUGAGCGAGACAAGAAUGCUUCUGAGGAGGAGGAGGAUGAGAAGCCAGGAAAAAGGGUUGCAGGUCCAAGAAAGAAAUUCCGCUGGGAUGAGACAGUGAGGUCAUUGCUGUGUAACCUUAUCAAGAUAAAACUGGGAUGUUAUGAGCUAGAGCCAAAUAAAAGCCAAUCUGCAGAAGAUUACCUCAAGGCCUUUAUGGAGACUGAGGUGAAGCCACUUUGGCCAAAAGGCUGGAUGCAAGCUAGGAUGCUCUUUAAAGAGAGUCGAAGUGUUCAUAAUCAUCUUACAUCUGCUCCGGCAAAGAAGAAGGUGAUUCUGGCACCUAAACCCAAAGCAAAGGAUUCUAGUCCAAAGAAGGAACAAAGAGUCUGUACCCCUUUUACUUCAGCUUGUGUUCCUGCUUCAAGUACCAGCACACCUGUCACUGCCCUGGCCAGUUCUAGCUGUAAUCCUACUCCGGAGACCAUCUGCCUAGAUGAUUCACUGGAUGAAGAUCUCUCCUUCAAUCCACCAUCAUUGGAAUCCAUUUCUGAUGUUCUGGCUGUUAUUAACAAUGGAGCCAAGAGUUCUCCUGUUGUGCCCUCUGUAGAGACACCAACUUCAAGACCUCGGCCUGGGCUGAGAGAAGAGAAGUUAGCAAGUAUAAUGAGCAAGUUACCUCUGUCAUCUUCAAAAAAGGUAGAGACUGUUCAAACACCACAUUCUUCAAGUCUUAUAGCUGGGCACACAGGACCAGGACCAAAGAAAUCCCAGGAUUUACUUCAGACUGGUAUCUCUUCAGGCCUUAUUGCUGGGUCUUCAAUUCAGAAUCCCAAGGUUUCAUUGGAGCCCUUGCCAGCCAAGCUUCUACAACAAGGAUUACAGAGGUCAAGCCAGAUUCAAGCUGCUUCCUCGUCACAGGCCCACAUUUCUUCCUCCUGUAAGAUCCAAGCCACAGCUUCCUCUGCUUCUCAGAGACCAAAGGAUACGUCUGUCCUUGUAUCCUCUUCAGAAGCCCACGGUUGUGGCUCUUCAGCAUUACAAAUAACAAAGGUUCACCAGCAGUCAGCUGCCCAACAAAAAUACGUGUCUCCUCUACAAGCAACUAUUAGUAAAUCUCACACCAAUCCUGUGGUGAAACUAAGUAGCAACCCUAAACUCUCUUGUUCGUCCCCAAUUACCAAGACAUCAGAUAAACCAGUAGGAUACCGCCUGACUAGCACCGUGUCUGGGAGUAGUUCCCAGAUGGCUCACCCACUUGUGUCUCGGACAGCAUCCAGCACCUCUACCUCUAGUAACUAUUUAGCCAAGACCAUGGUAUCACAAGUUUCUGCCCAGGGUUUCAAGCCUCCUUUCUCCAUGGUUCCUUCCCCCAAACCUGCUGCCUCUCCUAAGCCCACAGCACCCAAGCCUUCUGUAACACCCAAACCUAUUGUGUCACCUAAACUAUCCUCAGCAAGGUCCACUUCAACACCCAAGCCUGUAUCAUCUUCCAGUUCUUCCAGUUCAAGUGCACUAGUAUCCCAGAGUAGUCACUCUAGCAGCAACAAUUCCCUUCACAAACAGCCCAGUGGAGCAAAUGUCAGCAGGCAGUCUCCUACAAUUAAUUUACUGUCCUCUAACCGCACCUCAGGCCUUCAACCAGCAAAGAACCCUCAGGCUCCUUCAAAAUUGUCCAACUCUUCUGCCUCUGGAACUGUUGGCAAAAGCAACUUAAGUGGAGUUGGAAUGAAUGUACCUGUCAACAGAGGCAGCAAUCUUAAUUCAAGUGGAGCUAAUAGGACUAGUAUCUCUGGGGCAGCAGGAAGUGGAACACAGGGUGCUACUAAACAAUUGUCAACUCCACACAGACCAUCUUCUGCCUCAGGGUCUACAGUUAUACCAGCCAGUGUGCAGUCAACAACAGGUGCAUCAUUACUGGCAAAUGCUUCACCUUUGACGCUCAUGACAUCACCCCUGUCUGUAACCAAUCAGAAUGUGACAUCUGCUCCAUUGGCUCCUUUUGGGAUGCUGGGUAGCCUUGUUCCUGUGACUGUGCCCUUUCAGUUCCCAUUGGAACUACUUGGCUUUGGAACAGACACAGCUGGAGUAACAACCAACUCGGGAUCUACCUCAGCGGCUUUCCACCACAGCCUAGCGCAGAAUUUACUGAAGAGUUUACCGCCUGGAGCUCAACAUGCAACAGCGCUGUCUCACACACCUCUGCCUGCUCACUUGCAGCAAGCUUAUACAGAUGGAGGCCAAAGUAAAGGGGACACUAAGUUACAGAGGAAAACCCAGUGAUGUCCUGAUGAGCAAGGGAGUUAAAGUGGUUCUGCUUUGCUGAUGGAGACUGACCAGUUGGGAAAGUGCUUACGCGGACACAGAGCUGCUGUUUCUGUCAAUGUUUACAUAUUCUGAUUCCAAGCACUGUGGUGAGGAGGAGGAGGAGGAGGAGGAGAAGAAAAAGAAAAGAAUACUUGAUCAAAGAGAGAAGGAAAAGGAGGAAAGUGUUCAUGUAAAAAUGGUUCAUAGUUUGAUAUCUCCUAGUGAAUUCCCAAAGCCUUUUAUCCUUUCUGAAUAGCUCAGAAAGGUUUGGCCAAAUAGGUUCAGUUGUCAAACCUACAGCAGCACAAACCUUCUUUCAGGCUGAUAUCUGAUAGAGGAUCUGUGAAAGGAAGCUAAAAUAGACAUCUCUAUCCAUCAUGCAAGUGAGGCCAUACAUCUGUUGUCCCCAGGGAAGCUUACAGUAUAUGCCAGUUAGGAACAUUCUGUAAAGCUUUGGAUAAUGUGGCAUAUAAAGCAGAAAUUGUGAUUAUGUAGAAAAAGCAAGGAAGAAAGUAUUUUCUCCACACCAAGCUAAGGCCAUUUUGUCACUAUCUCUUUGAAGAGCCUAAAGAUUACAGACGGGGAGGAUUGUUCACCAUAGGUAAUGUCAUUGACCAGGGUAGAGUUUUCCCCCUCUCAAGAUGGGAGGAAGGGAAAAGUCGGAGGGUGUUCUGUAACCAUUCUUCAAUUUAACUUCAUAUACUCAAAUAUAAAAUGAGAACUUACUUGGCUUCAUCAGACCAGAUCUUGCUUUCAGUAUCUUCUGAAGAAAGUCUUUUCCUGCCCUUAACCUUGCUGUAGUACUUCAGAGUUGCCUUAUUUUUCAUAAACAUAAUCCAGAAA